AUGUGCUAUUUAUUUUCACUUAUCAGUACGGUGUUAGCGGCAGCUGAGUUCCCAAUUUAUUUAAGCAAAUCAAACAACCACUAUAGAAGAUGCAAGGUGACCACAUCAAUAUCAGAAGAACAGCAUUUGAACGGAUUUAGGCUGUUCUCGAUCACAAAUCAGGCAAUUUUUACAGAUGGGGAGACUGAUUAUUUGAUAAGAGGCAAAUUCAUUUGUGAUGUUGAAUCAAGUGGAAAACAACAGAAGUUUCUUCCAUCUUCAUCACAAACACUGAUAUUGGAACUUUUUGAGGUAUUGAAGGAAUUGUUUUUCAUGGCAACUUGUGAAUUCGCAAUAAAAGAAUUGUAUAUAAAUCGUGAUUUCCGUUACAGGAAAUCAAAA